AUGGCCAUUCCUUCCGGGUCCUCGACGCUCAAGCUCCCAAUGCCGCCCACGGGUCAGGGCCGCCCAAGCAUGUUCAGCAUACCUUCCUUCAAUUCGGGCAGAGGCGCCCGCUCGGGCAAAGACUCGCCCCUUCCCGAAGACGUAUCUGAGGCUGCACGACUACUCAGCCGGUCUGGGACGGUAGACGAUCAAGGAGGAACGUACGGAGCUGUCGAGGAUUCGGAGUCUCAGAAGGCGCCUUCUACGCCGCGGUAUCCUGGCCAGCGAGUACCGCUCUCGGCCAAGGCGCGGUACUACAUACCCUCGCUUGAAUGGAUACCCAACUACUCGCUUUCAUACCUCGGUGGCGACAUUCUCGCAGGCGUGACCGUCGCAGCUAUGCUCAUACCGCAGAGUGUAUCCUAUGCGACGUCUCUCGCCCGUCUGUCGCCCACGACCGGCUUGUUCGCCGCUGCCAUCCCGCCACUUGUAUACGCGUUACUCGGCACAUCACGACAACUAAACGUUGCGCCGGAGGCCGCGCUCAGUCUCAUUGUUGGGCAGACUAUCCAGAGUAUACUGCAUAAUGACCCGCAUACGCAUCCCAUCGACCCAGCCACGCUCAGUCUCAUCAUCGCCAGUGUCAUCGUUGCGCAAGUUGGUCUGAUAUCCUUCGUUCUUGGGUUCUUCCGCCUCGGAUUCAUCGAUGUUGUUUUGUCGCGGGCGCUGCUACGAGGCUUCAUCACAGCCAUCGCUAUCGUCAUCGCUAUCGAACAGCUUAUCCCAAUGCUCGGCCUCGUCGCCCUCGAACACAAAGUGAACCCCGAAACGACCCUCCAAAAGUUCCUGUUCCUCGUCGAAUACGGCUUCACACACGCACACAAACCAACCGUGCUCCUCUCCUUCAUAUCCUUUGCCAUCCUCGUCGCCAUCCGCAACCUCAAGCGCUUCGUCUCGCACAUCCCCAUCCUAUACCGCAUGCCCGAAGUCCUCCUCGUCGUGCUCGGCAGCACGUUCUUGUGCUACAAGUUCGACUGGGACGAGAUGGGCAUCGAUAUUCUGGGUGAGGUGAAGUUUGGAGGCGGAGCGGGAUACAUCCAUUUCCCGCUGAAACACACGGCGUUGAAGUAUGUGCACGAGACGACGAGCGCGGCGGUGCUCAUCAGCAUCAUCGGGUUCUUGGACUCGAUUGUAGCGGCGAAGCAGAACGCUGCGAGGUUCGGGUACACGAUCAGCCCGAAUCGUGAACUCGUAGCGCUCGGAGCAGCGAAUCUGGCGGCAAGUUUCGUACCGGGGACUUUGCCCGCGUGGGGAAGUAUCACGAGGAGCAAGAUCAAUGCGGAUGUUGGUGGGAGGACGCAGAUGGCUAGUAUCGUCUGCGCGGUACUUGUGCUGCUCGCGACGUUCUUCCUCUUGCCGUUCUUGUACUACCUCCCCAAAUGCGUUCUCGCUGCCAUCAUCUGUAUGGUCGUCCUGAGCCUGCUAGGCGAAACGCCCGAGGACAUCCACUACUACUACACCAUGCGCUCUUGGGUCGAUCUCGGCCUGAUGACUCUAACAUUCGUCCUAACGAUGAUUUGGAACGUCCAAGUAGGCGUCGUAGUCUCGGUCAUCGUUUCCCUCCUACUCGUCGUCCGCCGCUCUUCGCGCACACGCAUGACAAUCCUCGGCCACGUCCCCGGUACCGACUCAUGGAAACCCUUGAACGAGCAUCCUGCAGCAACUGAAGAUCUGCCCGGCGUACUCAUCGUCCGACUACGCGAGUCCUUGGACUUCGCCAACACCGCGCAGUUGAAGGAGCGGUUGAGGAGGUUGGAGCUGUACGGCACGGACCCUUCUCACCCCUCCGAGGCGCCGCGCAGACAACAAGCGCGCGUAUUGGUGUUCCACAUGGCGGACGUUGAGAGCGCAGAUGCUUCAGCCGUUAUGAUACUCAAAGAGCUAUUUAAAGAGUACAAAGCGCGCGACGUCGACGUACACAUUACGCACUUGCGAUGGGGACCGUAUAGGGCCUUCGAGAAAGCCGGCGUUGUGAAGUUGCUCGGAGAAGAGGCGUUCCAUGAGGACGUUGCGACUGCUGCAGGGAAUAUCAGUAGAGUUGCUAGUGAGGCUAAUAUUGCGGGGAGGUAG